AUGGACAGGGACAGUGGUGGACAGGGACAGUGGUGGACAGGGACAGUGGUGGACAGGGACAGUGGUGGACAGGGACAGUGGUGGACAGGGACAGUGGUGGAUAGGGACAGUGCUGGACAGGGACAGUGCUGGACAGGGACAGUGGUGGACAGGGGCAGUGGUGGACAGGGGCAGUGGUGGACAGGGGCAGUGGUGGACAGGGACAGUGGUGGACAGGGACAGUGGUGGACAGGGACAGUGGUGGACAGGGACAGUGGUGGACAGGGACAGUGGUGGACAGGGACAGUGGUGGACAGGGACAGUGGUGGACAGGGACAGUGGUGGACAGGGACAGUGGUGGACAGGGACAGUGGUGGACAGGGACAGUGGUGGACAGGGACAGUGGUGGACAGGGACAGUGGUGGACAGGGACAGUGGUGGACAGGGACACAACACAAGCAUCUGAUUGUGGUGGUUUCCACGAUGAGAGACAGAAGAUGGGAGAUGGGCAUGGGGGAGACGGGCAUGGGGGAGAUGGGCAUGGGGGAGAUGGGCAUGGGGGAGAUGGGCAUGGGGGAGAUGGGCAUGGGGGAGACGGGCAUGGGGGAGACGGGCAUGGGGGAGACGGGCAUGGGGGAGAUGGGAGAUGGGAGAUGGGAGAUGGGAGAUGGGAGAUGGGAGAUGGGAGACGGGUAUGAGUGGAAGGGUGCAUGUAUGCAUGCAUGA